UCCGUUCCUCCUUCUUUGUUAAGGCUUGUCCCACUUUCGCGAUUUUUUAGGCCACUACAGGGGACUAGUCUAUCGCCACAUGGUCGCUGGGGUGUUGCCUGUCUGGCUGUGAGUGGUCUCCUCAGACCCCCAAAGAGUCGUAGCGUCUUUCUGGCCGCUGCUGGAUUUUCAAAAUGUUCAACAUUUUUUAGUGACAGUGGAUUUGACACCAAUGAGCGUAGCACGACUUCUCCUGACGUAGCUUGUCGCCGGGUAACGUAGGUUGUCGCCGGCGCUGGCGUUGGUGAAUUCCAUUGGCGACUACCUACGUCAAUCUACGUCAACCGGCGAUAGGUCAAGAGAAGUCAAUUGGCAACAGGCAUUGGAAAAACCCGUCCACAGAAAUCAAGUUACAGCAGCCAGUCACGAUGCUGAUGAAUGAAGUCCAUCUACGCCUAUAUCGGCGAUAAUCUACAACCAUACCGGCGACAAGCUACCACCAGACCGGCGACAACCUACGACAGCUGGCGACCCUCGGCAACAAUUGACGCAACUUGCUCCGCCAGGCUAGGACAGUGACGCCUCCGUGGGGAUACGCUCCACGUGGUCAGGCGACUAUAGUGUGCGGACAUUGUGCAUUUUGUGUUGGGGACAUUGGACAGUGCAACAUGUCUCUAAGGAGAAGGAAGGGGCAUCCCGUGCGCAAGGCCCAACCCCCAUCCCCACUCUCCAGGCAGGUGGAGACUGAUGAGUCCCAGGAGGAGGAGGAUGAGGACCAGGAGGAGACCAGGGAAGUGGCCCGUGUCCCCAUCACUGCCCCAGCACGGACUGGCCGCCCUGCCAAUACUCCAGGUACCGUUACUGCUGACCCAGACUCACUAUCGGACGAGGACACUGAUGCCUCAAGUGUGUCUAAUGUGUCCACUGUCCAGGAGGAGGUGAAGAAGCGCAGGAGACCCAAUGCAGCUCAUAAGUUCAGCUGGGAAGAAGAAGGAGAGCUGGUCGAAUGGUAUCAGUCAAACCCAGAGUUGUAUGACAAGAACCACCAACAUUUUAGAAACAAGGACAGGAAGAACUCACUACUUAGUACCAAGGCCAAGGAGUUCCCUGACUGCACCUAUGAGCGACUGAAUCUGUUUUUCAAAAGCCAGAGAACAAGAUAUAGCCAUCUGACUCAGGGUCAGAACAAGUCAGGGUCUGGUGCCAAAUACUUAACCCACAGAGAGCAGUGGAUCGUCGACAAAUGGAGCUUUAUCAAGCCACAUAUAGUACGAGUGGAGAGCAGACAGAACAACAAGAAGAAGCAACUGCCCAGUGUGUCCAGUGAAGAGGAGUUUGAUCCACUUGAGGGAAACUCUGGAUCCACCCCCUCCGCCAGUCAGCAGCACAGCAAGAGGAGCAGGACCACUGCCAACUCCACUGCAGGCUCCACCCUAACAGCAAUUGAGGUAGAAGAGAGAGAGGCAAGUCAGCAGCUGAUCAAGUCGCUCAUGCAACAGGCAACAGAGGCCAGGGAGGCCAGACUGGCCAUGACACAGCCCCAGACACCUCAUGAGAGGGCUGUUGACACCUUCCUGGGAUUCUUAAAGACUGAGGUGCUCAAGAUACCAGAGAACAUAUGGUUCGACUACACCAUGGCUGCCAUGAAGGUGGCCCAUAACUUCUCCCAGCCGACUCAGCAGCAGAGGGGACACAUGGGACAGCUGUAGGAGAGGCUUUUAUAGGAGUCUUCGGAUGCCAGGUAGCAGCGGAGGGUGAUGCUAGGCGCAGGCCUGGUUCCUGUAGAUUCCUCAUGAAGGUCUCCUUUUUCUCCAGGAGAGGGGCCACCCGUGUCUACAGCUCCUGAAACAGCUCAGAGGGGAGCCUAGUGAAGUUUCUGAAGACUGCCUCAUCUUCUUGCUGGUGCUCAGUCAUCAGGUUGUCACACUGGCCCAACCUGGGUCUCCUCAUGGACAAGGGCUUCAGCCACACUUCUUCUUCCCCAUUCUUCUUGUCCUUCAGUCUUGCUGAUCUUUAAGCAUGAGGGCUGCUGCAAGCAGCAAGGCUCCUUCUUCUUGUGAGAGCAAUGCCCUCUGACGUUGCCCCCAUGGUAGUCAUGAUGCUGAAUGAUUGGAAACCAUAACCUACAACCCCUUUUCUAGGAAAACUGGGUGAUUCCAUUGUUUUGGAGACCAAAAUGACGUGAAUUGUCUUCAGUGGUCGCCGACAGGGUUGUAGGUUGACUUCGGUUGUCGUAGAUUGUCAUAGGUUGUUGUAGGUGUAGUUGUAGGUGGACGUCCUAAGUAGUGACGAUUGGGUCGCCGAUUGCUUGACGUCGACUAGGUGGUAGGUUGUUGUAGCUUGUCAUAGACAUUGUCGUAGAGGUGUCCAGUCGCCAGUCUGUGGCGAUCUGCUACGACUAUGACAGUCGCCUAAGUGGGACUGGCCCUUACCAACUCAUCCUUGUUCUGCUGAAAAGUCAUCAACCUGAACACUUAUGUUUAAGAAGGAACUGCAGAUGCUGGAAAAUCGAAGGUAGACAAAAAUGCUGGAGAAACUCCACGGGUGAGGCAGCAUCAAUGGAGCG